AUGACGUCCUUUCAUUUGAGGACCCCGCCCCCUGACCCUGAGCAGAUGUCGUCGCUGCCAGCCCCAGCAUUGACCAAUGGGGUGGCCAGGACUGCCGGCCGCGGCCAGCGCAAGGGCAAGAACGCGUCUUCCUCGAGCCGUAAACCGCGCCAUGUACCAGUCGUCGAUAUCAGGCCCAAGCCGAGCAGGAAAAUUUCAAAUUCGCCCACAGAAUCUCAGAUCCCCGCCACCAGCUUCUGCCAUCACUACCAGCAGCAACAAGCAGAAAUUCCUCUCAAAUUCGAACCAGGAACUUCACAAGAUACCAACUACGACUUUGAGCUAGCAAUAGGAAACAACUUUGAUAGUCUUUACCUACUAGAGCCAAUUCCCGCUUUCCUGCCCGUGCCGCACCAUAAUACCCACUUAGGGUAUUACCAGCCAACCUCUGACGAUAUGUCGACGUGGCAGCCGGAGCGCGCUGUGCCCGAGAUGGGCGAGUUGCCAGUGUUGCCCAGCUACGGGCCCCCUGCCGAGAGUCCGUACGACUGGGAGCAGGACUACCAGCAGCAGCAGCAGCAACAGCACCAGCAACAGCAACAGCAACAGCAGCAACAAGACCCGGUGGCUGCUGUUGAGCAAUCAACAGCACGCCUCGAGGCAAAUGCUUGGCAAGACGCCAUCUCCCGCUCUGGUCUGUUUGACCAACCCCAGCUUGGGCCACAGUAUUGGCCAACAUACCACCCCGUUCCCGGCUUCACAGCCACCGGUGGGGUCGGCUUUGCCGGCCCCAUGAGCUUCACCAGCUGGGCCCACCAGCAGCCCAUGCCCGCCGCCAGACCCUCCCCCUCCCUGGCCAGCUUUGCCGUGCAGGCCCAGACCCCUCCCGCAACGGCCACGACGCACCAGACGGUGUCGCCCAGAGACGUCUUCAACGACGACUUGCUGCCCCCCGCCGCCGCCGCCGCCCCGCUCAGAACGAGCAGACACUGCCUCGCCGCCAACGAGGACGAGCCCAUGGCCAGCACCCCCGUGCUGGAGCAGUCGCAGCUGUACCGCCGCGGCCGCAGCCAGGUAGAGGCCCAACAGCCUUUGAUCCACCGCCCGUCGUCGACGAGUUCGUUUGCGAGCAUGCUCCGCGCCAACGAGCGCCUCAUGGAGGCAAGCGAGGAUGGAAGCGUCAGCGGCGCCAGCGUCGUUGGCGGCUUCAACAGCAGCAGCAGCAGCAACAACAAGCAGUUGCCGUCUCGUUCCUUCUCGGGACCCAGUGGGGAGGAUGCCCGUCGGCAGCUGCCCAACGAGCCACGAUCCAGCCGUGCUCGGUUUGCGUACCUGCCAAGCGACGACCGUCGCGAGGAAGAGGACGAGGCCGACGAUGACGACGACGACGUAGAGGUGUCUUUGCACCCAUACGCCACCAGGACCAGCGCCCGUGCCCCUGCCAGAUCCAAGCAGACGACCGAGCCCAGCACCGCUCCUGCCUCCUCCCCUCCCAGCCAAGCGCCGGGCAAUGGACCAGCGGGUCCACCGACAGAGAACUUCCCGUCGGGACGUCUCCCCGUGGGGGCGUCCUCUGCCGUCGAGAACCUCUUCAUCCACGAGAUGAGAGAAGAAGGCCUGUCGUUCCGCGAGAUCCAGGCCGCGGGCCCCUUUGUGCAGGCCGAGUCGACCCUUCGGGGCAGAUACCGGACCUACGUGACCGACAAGGCGCUGCGUCCGCGCAAGACCGAGUGGACUGCUGCCGAUGACGUCUUCUUGUGGGACGCGGUCCGCCAUUAUCGCGGUUUGGGCAGGCACACCCGCUCCGACCACAUCCCGUGGCAAAAAGUCCGGGACUACAUCUUUGAGGCUGGUGGCACGCACAAGUUUUGGUCGGCCAGCUGCCACAAGAGAUGGAAGAUGCUGCGGGACCAGAAGCUCAGGGAGCGGUCUGGAGGUAGCGGUGAUGUUGGUGAUCCAAAGGACACCAAGGCCGGCUAUUCUCUCAAUAUUUACAACAACGAGUAG